CCGGAUAUUAAAGAUUAUGAUGUAUAGGUUGUCGUAAUCAUUCAAACUCGGAUGGAUAUACUGAUUCAAAAUGAUAUAUCAAUCCAUAUUUCUAUCACGUUUAUCAUCUUGAUAAGCUAGUCAUCAGUCGAAUCGAGAUAUAGUUGAAGAAUAGUAGUCAAAUUGUGAUAACAAAAUGGAAGCGUCAUCGCGGACCUGUUGGUCUCUAAAAUGUUCGGAUUUUGGAUUUCAACCUGACAUUUCACCAAGUAUCAAUGUACCCCAGUGCGGUAUCAACGUUGUGCUCUACUUCAUCUAUCGCUGCACCGUGUUCCUCUAUUUCAACACGUAUAUGAUCUUUGAUCUGGUGACAACUAUCAAUGGCUUCGAUGGGGUUCGAACCUUCAUCUAUCUUACUACCUGGGUCUACCUUCUUUUCAACCUCUAUGUCUUUGUUUCCUUCAUCAACACGUUAAUAGAUGCCUAUCUCUUCUUCAAAAGAAGGGGAGAUUUAGUUGAAGGUACACCAACCCGUCUUAAGUUACAGUGGUUUCUAUUCAACAUCGUUCUCAACGGUUCAGUGGUGAUUACGUUUACUUUCUGGAUUCUAUAUUACACUACACCUACCAUCCAGAUAUUCUUCACGAACAUGGUGAGGAAUAUCAACCUUCAUCUCCUACCAGCAAUCUUUGCUCUCAUAGACCUCCUAACCACAUCCACUCCCAUCCGCUUCGUCCAUGUGAUAUACCCCAUCUUCCUCGGUCUGGCUUACCUGACAUUCGCUGUUAUCUACUGGAAGGCUGGUGGUACCAACCCAUGGGGCCUGCCAUUCAUCUACCCAUCUCUUGAUUUUGGUGACGAUCCUCGUGAAGCCAUUAUCUUUAGCGUGGCGUUGAUAGCAGCUACCAUAUUGUGUCAAGUCGUUGUCAAGGGACUGUACCUUCUUCGGGAAUGGCUAACACAUUCAAACAAUCCAUCUUACACCGCUCUUGAUGGAACCAACUCAGCUGGUGGUAGACCGAUUGGAUCCGCUAUGGAACUUCCUAACAGAUAAAAUGCAUUAACAUUUCCAAACCAAUGGGAAAUAUGGGAGAUAAGGUAGUAGGCAUGAUAUUGACUAAGGCGAUGUCUGUAAGAUAUUUAUGAGCAAUCGAUUGCGAAUAUUGAUAAUCUACCAGUUGACAUUUUUUUCCAAGAAGAAGACUAGUAAUCAAUCUUGAUUGUACAUAUGAUUUUAAGACUUACAAUUGAUUUGAUGACCUACGAUUUAUUUGAAAUUUGUUUGUUUUUCGCAACAGCUAGCCUCUUAUCGUAACAUUAGUGGUUGUCCUAGUAUAUAGCAAUAAAAAAGUAAUGAUGCAAACUGGACGGAAUAAGGACUUCUAGAAGCAUAGGAAGCCAAUGCUUAGAGUUGAUAAUAAAUAUCAUGCUCUUUAAACGUCUUUAAAAUGCAUUAUAUUCAAUCCCCCUUUGAUACCUGCCUGAUAUUUUUAUGACGUGGUAGGCCUGUGAUAUCACAGGUGGAAAUAUUACAUACAUGUAUAUAUGAUAUUGUACACAUAUUAUGUACAUUGUACAGUACAUAGAAUAAUUUUAAUCUCUAUAAAGAAAGCGAUUUGCUUGAAAGCGAACCUAAAAAGAAAGUUGUCAUUUAUUUGACUGUAUUAUUUG